AUCUGUAACUGGUUUUUCUUUAUUUUUAUUUUGCAUUAUUGCCAUAAGUUUAUUGCACUUUGAUUGAAUCUGGUUGUGCGUUUUAACUUCCUAUUACUACUUUAACAGCUAAAACGUGCAGAUCUAUUUUAUCAUGUUUAUGAAUGAGUACAGCUGGACCCAUGAAAUAUCAAUAAGUCGCAUCAUGGAGACAGACGAAGCCGAAUCUUCGAGUAGUGGACCCAUGUCGACGCUUAAUAGCCUUUUUUCGUUCACCAGUCCCGCCGUUAAGAAACUCUUGGGAUGGAAGCAGGGGGACGAAGAAGAGAAGUGGGCCGAAAAGGCGGUGGAUAGUCUGGUAAAAAAACUGAAGAAACGAAAGGGCGCAAUUGAAGAGCUAGAACGGGCACUCUCCUGCCCCGGCACGCCGAGCAAAUGUGUUACAAUUCCGAGAAGUUUGGACGGACGGCUGCAGGUCUCACACCGAAAAGGUCUCCCUCAUGUCAUCUACUGUCGUGUGUGGCGAUGGCCGGAUUUACAAAGUCACCACGAGCUGAAACCCUUAGAACACUGUCAGUUCCCGUUCUCAGCGAAACAGAAGGAGGUCUGCAUCAACCCGUACCAUUACAAACGUGUCGAGAGUCCCGUGCUGCCGCCCGUGCUCGUGCCUAGGCAUAAUGAUUUCGUGCCCGGACACUCGUUACUGCCCUUCCAGCAACUUGUCGAGCCGAACAUGCCUUCGAACGUGAGCUACUCCGCGAACGGUUUUCCCGGGAACAGUUUGAGUCCGGGUUCUCCACUGUCGAGUGUGGGAAGUCCGGGUAGCGUGACCUCCUCCAAUCCUCAGUCUCCGUACGCCAAUUUAGCUGAAACUCCGCCGCCGGCAUAUAGCCCAACCGACGAAGGUAACGCAAAUGGUAACAACAACAGCCAGCACGCGGAGUCUCCACAGUCGUCGCUAAACGAUGUACAGUCGGUGGCAUACCAAGAGCAACCAUUUUGGGCGUCGAUAGCGUAUUACGAAUUGAAUUGUCGAGUCGGUGAAGUUUUCCACUGUCACAGUACGUCAGUGAUCGUCGACGGUUUCACAAACCCUAGUAACAAUAGUGAUCGGUUUUGUUUAGGGCAGUUAAGCAACGUUAACAGGAAUUCUACAAUAGAAAAUACUCGGCGACAUAUCGGGAAGGGAGUGCAUCUGUAUUACGUUAAUGGCGAGGUAUACGCGGAAUGCCUAUCGGACUCGGCCAUAUUUGUACAGUCGCGAAAUUGCAACCACCAUCACGGCUUUCAUCCGUCGACGGUUUGUAAAAUACCCGCCGGUUGUUCUCUGAGAAUUUUCAAUAACGCCGAAUUCGCGCAGUUACUCUCUCAAUGUGUCAAUCACGGUUUCGAGGCGGUUUACGAAUUGACAAAGAUGUGCACGAUUCGUAUGAGUUUCGUUAAGGGGUGGGGUGCCGAGUACCAUCGGCAGGACGUCACCAGCACGCCAUGUUGGAUUGAGGUACAUUUACAUGGACCUUUGCAGUGGCUGGACAAAGUUUUAACUCAAAUGGGAGCACCGCAUAAUGCAAUCAGUUCUGUUUCGUAAAUACACAGAA